GGCCGCUAAGCAAAUGCAAUGCGUCUCGGUCCUUGAUCUUCUGCCCGGGUAUCUGGAACCCCCUGUCCGAUGCGUCCUGCGGGUGGGUUUAUGAAUGACUAUAUAGAUAGAUAGAUGAUGCAGCGUACCCAUCCUACGUAGCACAUGUUAGGUCCCGCUAGAUUUGCGGCUCCCUCUUACUAUAUAUACUCGAUUUGUUAUUCGUAAGAAGUGAUUCGUGCGAUAGCGACCUACCCUUCUAAUUCGAGUAGAGAGAGACGAGAUGCCUUCUCAACAACCACCAGCAACAGCAACAGCUGUUGCUGUGCCUUUGAGUGCCGGGUCUGCGGCGACGUCCGACCUUGAUAGCGUGAAAUCCCAAGGCCACCCCGACGACAAACUCCCCGUUGACCUGCCGCCUCUGGUUCCCGUGGCAUUGGCGACUAGAGAGACGGAACGGAUGGAGUCGGCGCUCGGCGAUGCUAUCUUACGGUUCUUACGAAUUCGAAAAGGUCCCAAGCCCGAACCGUACGACCUCGAUGCGAUCGCGACGCAGCCUAGUAUCUGGGAUUCCGAGAGUUUGGAAGAGUACAAGAAGCUUUACAUCCACCCCGAAUGGGAGAACUGGUCUGCUUUCGACCCUAGUUUCCGCUGGACGUGGCGGGAAGAGAGGGCGGUGCGACGGAAGGUCGAUUGGAAGAUUAUGGUCUGGGUGUGUAUUAUGUUUGCUGCCCUGAACAUCGACCGCAACAACAUUUCCAACGCCGUCUCGGACAACAUGCUCGACGACCUGGGCCUCACUCGUGCUGACUACAAUACUGGCCAAACAAUUUCGCGAGUUGGAUUUUUAGUUGCCGAGCUCCCGUCUCAACUGAUUUCCAAGCGUAUCGGUCCCGACCUAUGGAUUCCUAUCCAGAUAUGCAUUUUCAGCGUCAUUUCUGCCAUGCAAUUCUUCCUCCAGGGCAGAGCGUCUUUCCUCGCCACCAGAUACCUAAUUGCAACGUUCCAGGGUGGAUUUAUUCCGGAUACAAUCCUUUACCUCAGUUACUUCUAUACCGGUAGAUCGCUUCCCAUCCGGUUAGCUUGGUACUGGAUGUCUUCACAAUUAGUCGACAUCGGUGUCGGAUUCGCUGCUGUUGGUCUUCUAUCUAUGCGCGGCAUCUUGGGGUAUGAGGGCUGGCGGUGGUUGUUCCUCAUUGAGGGCUGUGUUACUUUUUCGGUCGGACUUGCUUCCUUCUUCCUCAUGCCUCAAUCUCCAGCUAAGACAAAGAGCUGGUGGAAUCCUAAGGGGUACUUCACCGAGAAGGAAGAGAAAAUUAUUGUCAAUUCAGGUGAGUUGGUGGAGCAUACGGACCUAGAUGUACCUACCUCGUCUCUAACUCUACCCCCAGUUAUCCGAGAUGACCCUCAGAAAGGAGGCAUGUACAAUCGACAGGGUCUCUCCCUCAAACAGAUAUGGGAAAGUUCGAAGGACUACGACAUGUGGCCAUUAUACGCCCUUGGUCUGUUGUUCGGCAUACCGAAAUAUCCCGUCGGCCAAUACCUAACGCUUUCCUUGCGAGACCUGAAGUUCAACGUCAUCCAGACCAACUUACUUUCGAUCCCGAACAUCAUCUGUUCUAGCAUCACCAUGCUAGUCAUUACCGCCGUUAGCGAGUUGGUGAAUAAUAGGAGUUUCGUGUCGAUGGCGGAAGAUGCUUGGCUGUUGCCCUGCUUUGCGGCCUUGAUAGCCCUGCCGGAUCCGAUUAGCCCUUGGGCAUACUUCGCGAUCGCGACGGUGUUGUUGUCGUUCCCAUAUACCCAUCCUAUACAAGUUGCUUGGACAAGUAGAAAUGCAGGAUCUGUACAGAACAGAACAGUUUCUGCUGCAAUCUAUAAUAUGUGGGUUCAAGUCAGCGGAAUGAUUGGCGCAAACAUCUAUCAACCUAGCGACUCGCCGCGAUACUUCAAAGCGAACAAGGGUUUGCUAGUCAUCUGCAUCUGGAUGUGUGUAAUACAAUACCCGGGAACGUACUUCUACUAUCGAUGGAGGAACAAUUGCAAGGCGAAGAAGUGGGAUGCCAUGACCCCCGAAGAGCAGGACCAUUAUAGAAAGACGACGACCGACAUGGGUAAUAAGCGCCUUGAUUUCCGCUUCGCGACUUAAACUGUCCACCUACCUAAUAUAGGGCGAUUAAGAGUUAA